AUGUCCGAGGAUCUGGUCUGUGUCGAAGAUGAGUUCUCACGUAUAAACAUCAACAAGUCGCCCACAAGACGAAAAAAAGUCUACCCACAAAACCUUUAUCCUCCUCAGAACCAGAUAUAUUUCCCCCCUCCAGAUCCGCCAUCCACGGCUACCUCACCAUCCUCCACAUCAGAUACAAACAAUACAAGUAACACUAUCAACAAUAACACCAUCAUUACUAAUAAUGUUAUUGCUAACACUAUUAAAAAGAAGUCAUUAUCCACUACGAAAAUCCAUCCGUCAGACAAAAGACUACUAAGCUAUCCGAUGUCUGAAAAAGCAGCUUCGAAACAAGACUACCAGUUUUCAUUUAUGAGAGAAACAUCGUCUUCUAUCCAGAAGAAACACAGCACAUACUCGGGUGGACUCUCCAAACCAAAUCAGCCGUAUCUUACGACUGGUUCUGCCACUAAAAAACGCCUCGAAUACUCAAGACAACUUUCUCAUAAUCUCCGAUCAAGAAGAUUGUUGUCUUCGAAUUUUCCUUCGAAAACACUGCCUUCGGACAUCACCAAUUUGCCCUACUCCUUACCCGCUAAGUACGGAGGAAUGCCGGGGGAAGACUCGCCUACAAAGCAAAAGGUAAUACGGAAUGCGUCGCAGCCACUUCCGUUAAAGUCAGUCAAUAACGUGUUCAAUAGACUCUAUCCUAAUAGCUUGGAAUCUGAAGUGAAACCACGAGUAGCUCCUGAGAAAGUAGGUAUGGAAAACAAAGAUAUCAACAGUGUGAAAGUUAACGAUAUUACGGAACUAUUCUCCAUAUUAUAUGCGUUUGAUGAACAACUCUUUCCCAACGAAGGAGAUUCGGAUUGUCCAGAAGCGAAGCCAAUACAGGCAGUUGAGCUUGCUAAGCUCAAGAUGAAUAUCUAUGAAAGGGGAGAGAUCAUCCGGAAACAGCAACUUUAUUUUGUGCCACAAGGAAUAGAGAGAAAUUUGAAUAUCAAGAACUAUCAGAAUAACUUUGGUUUUGAUGAUGCGAAUGGAAACUACAUUAUCGUCGAAGGAGAUCACAUCAACUAUCGUUUUGAAGUGUUGAAAAUGUUGGGCAAUGGAUCAUUUGGAAACGUGAUAAUGAGCAAAGAUCACAAAUAUUCUAGUCGGCUUGUUGCUACUAAAAUCAUUAAGAACGAUCUUAAUUGGUCCUUGCAAGCUAUCAACGAAAUAAAAAUGCUCAGACUAUUAAAUGAAAAGGAAACAAACGAAAACAUCCUUAAGUACUACGACCAUUUUAAUUUCAGGAGUCAUAUGUGCAUUGUCACAGAAUUAUUGUCUAUAAACCUUUACUCAUUGCUAGAAGUAAGUCAGUUCAGAGGAUUCUCCUUGAAUAUUGUUCAAUCAAUAACAAAGCAAAUCUUGAAUGGUUUGCAAUAUAUGCAUAGACUCAAUGUUAUACAUUGUGAUAUAAAGCCCGAAAACAUUAUGAUCCAGUUGCCACAUCUGCCACAAGUUGGUACUUUUGUCGUUAAGAUAAUUGAUUUUGGAUCAUCGUGCUUAAGUAAUGAAAUUUCAUUCACGUAUAUCCAGUCAAGAUUCUACAGAGCACCAGAAGUCAUCAUAGGUGCCAAUUAUACCGAAGGAAUUGAUGUUUGGUCCUUAGGCUGUGUCAUUGCUGAACUUUUUACUGGUGUUCCUCUAUUGCCAGGCAAGAACGAAAUAGAACAGGUAGGAUUAAUUCUAGAAUUGUUCGGAGCACCAAAAAGUACAACUAUCUUAAGAUUGAGGAAGUCUUUGACAAGGUCGGUUCAAAAGAAGUCUUUCGAAAUGAACGAAAAUAGUCCCCAUGUCAAUGAAAAGCUAAUAAAGAAAACGCUAUUGUUCAGGUUGUUUGACAUUAAUGGAAAAAUCAAUAUGUCGUUGCUUAACUACCAUAAUGCCAACUCAACAGCGUAUUCGGCUAAGAAGCAGUUUAAGUUAAAUUCCAGAAACUUGGAAAUAUAUUUGAGUUUGAACAAAUGUCCCUCGCAGUUGAACAAGCUGUUCCUUCGUUUCCUUCAGAAGAUAUUUGUAUGGGAUCCCGUUGAACGUUCUAGUAUUUUGCAGUUGACGGAAGAACCGUUUGUCACUUCUCAAGAUUAAUUACAUAUUUAUUGCAUUAUAUUAUACACAUAAGGAAUCUAUCCGUUUGUCUAUUAU